GAUCGUAAGCUACUCGCGUUGCCAACACGUCUGGGACGUCUUGGCAUACCCAUUCUCUCGGAUAUGUGUACCAUGGAGUUUGAGAAUUCCACACAUUCCAAAACAUGUCAGGGCCUUACAGAGAAGAUCUUCGAGCAGAAUAAUGUCAGAGAAGACAGACCUGCCGAGCCAGUCCAGAGAAUACGUCGUUUUGUAACUGAUGAGAAGAAAGAGAGAAACAAAGUCCAACUCGAACUUCUGCGAUCGACCAUGUCAGCAGAACAGAUUCGCGCCAAUGAUCUUGCUCAGUUGAAAGGUUCUUCAAUCUGGCUGACAGCUCUUCCACUUACUGACGACGGAUAA